AUGUCAUCCUCCACCCCACUUGCUACUGUAGGCCACUACAACAAUCUAGUUUUCCGAGAGCUAGAGAAGAAGCGCUUCAUGUUCCCCAUCAGACGAGCAGUAACGAAAGGCAUCUCCUCAAACCGAACCUUCUCAACCACAGCAAGAAUGUCCACCAAACACGAAUGGAUGGUCAUCCUCCCCGACAAAGCCGGAGCACUAGCCGACAGGAUGAAAGUGCGAGCUGACCACCUCCAAGCCCUGAAACCAGACACAGAGUCCGGCUUCUGGAUCCUAGGCGGAGCAACACUCGAUGAACCCAUACAAGAGGGCCAAGGGCCGAAGAUCAACGGGAGCGUGAUGAUGGCUUUGGCCGAAACGAAAGAGGAGGUCAUGAACAAGGUGAAGCAGGAUGUUUACUUUACGUCUGGGGUUUGGGAUGAAAGUAAGAUUCAGAUAUUUCCCUUCAAGAGUGCCAUUCGCUCUGCACUAUGA